AGGAUUAAACAGCGAGAGGAGAGCAGUCUGUGAAGACUGAUCGCUGCGUGCUCACAGUGCCACUUUCCAUGGAAGAAACGUUUUGAAGAAACACUGGAAUAUUGCGGAAAUGUCUCACCUGAACUUUCCACACCGCAUGCACGUGGAUUGUCCGAUGUAAAGGACUUUACUCCGAACAAGGAAACGGACGGACGGAUCCAAAAACUUAAGAGUUGGCGUGAUGUCAUCCGGCUGUGAGUCUGUGGGGGACCUGAUUCCUCCAGAUAUGCUGCAGGUGUUCGUCGAGGAGCGACAGGGGGGCAGAGGCAAACGAGGCAGGAAAAGAACAGGAUCAUUCAGCCGAGCAUUCAAGUGGUUGAAGAGACAGCGUAGGAAAGCCCGCAAAAACAAUUUGGAGAUACGAGGAGGCCUGCUGGACCCCGGAUCACCUCUUGUGUUACCACCAGCUACACUUAACACAGAGAAUGUUUCAGGUCCUCAUCCAACCCUGGUGUUCCAGGAAAAUGUGUUUGCGGAGGGUAUUUCACCCAAGUAUGUGCUGGACCUGCAUACAGAGGCCCAACAGGGCCUGAAACUGCUGCAGCAGGAGGAUGAUCAAAAUGGGACGGACUACCCUGAUGACCAGAGUAUGAUUUCAACAGUAACAACCCGGACCGACGACAGCAUUGCCUUCAAUGAGUUAAGAUUUGAUUCUGAUAGCACAACAGCCGAUACCAUUUCGACGCGCUCAUCCAUCUCAAUGCGAUCAACACGUUCUGGACUCAGGCGACAAGACUCGACGUUCAGACCUCUUAAGCAAGAUAAAACUGAAAAACCCAAAUCCCAUAGGAAACAUCUGAAAACCGUUGCGGGUAUUCCACGACACGUCCAGAGAGAAUUGGGGCUGGACAGAGCAGCGUGGAUCACCACCAAUCUUAAUUGUGAGCUUCCCAACGGAGGUGUUGUCUUUCCCACAAUCGUUUCCACUGUGGAGGGUGCAUUUAGCACCUCGGAGCAAGAGAGAAUACAAGCACAUACUCAGAAUGCACUAAACAGGCAUACAGGCCACCCCACCCUGACAAAACCCAACAAUGACAGUCUUAUCCAAAGAUUUAUAAAUGACCUACCAGCGGGUACUUUGUUAACCAUACCAGGGAACCCAUCAGAGAAUACUGUCAUGUCCAUCUCACCGCAGGCCACAUACAUGUCUAAAAUCAUCCGAAAUGCAGUACUGCCACCAUCUGUGGAUGUUGUGGCACUCAGUCGCAACCAAAGCCGCAGCAGUGUCCGAACCGUGAGUAAAAGCAGCAUGGUGUCGGCCAGCCCUGCUUCAACUCGGGCGUCCUCCAGAAUCUCCUCUCAUUGUUCCACAGUCCGCUCGAACUUGUCUGACUGGAGCAGAUCGGAUUCCUCAGAAACACUAGUGUCUGAGUCCUCUACCCUCUCCAGCAGUAGCACUCCCCGUUUGGCCAGCAGAGCGAGUCAGGUUGAAAACACAAACCUACCACGUAAUGGGAAAGUUCAACACAACGGCUCCCAUAAUGACUCGCCUCAUGGGGACGCUACAGGUGCAAAGAUGGAAUCUGGUGGUGCUCUCACACGUAAUCUCUCCGUGAUGAAAAAGAGCAAGAGACCUCCUGCUCCUCCCAGCAGAUCGUACUCGUUACACAACGGCAAACAGAUCAGGACUGCUUCCUCGACCAAGCAGGAAUUUAACCAUAAGACAAUCAUAUCCCCAUAUAACAGCCUUUCCAAUGAAACAGUGCUAGCAGAGCUAAAGAUGAGAAAGAAUGGAGCGUCAUACACAAAUGGCACCAGUAAGCUUAUUGAAUUCAAGCCAUCCCUUCUUUCUGAUAGAGGUUUAAUGAACGGCAGGAUGCAUUCCCCUGCAGUAAUGGCUCUCUGGUCUCUCCUUGACAUUCCGGAUCAUCCCACGGUGAUGGCUCCCCCAGCUCCUCCUCCAGAGACCUGGGCUCAUAACCAGUGCACUUUUGAACUGUUAUGUGGACCGGGACCUGUUAACUAUGCACGUUGGGCUAAAAAGAGAGGUAUUAAAAUUGUGGAUCCAGAGUAUACAUCGAUGCCAACCACCGGAAAAGUCAAACCCCCUCCUCCAGAUACCGCUCCACCAGCUACACUUUGGUGGCGAAUCAAAUCCCCUCCACCUCCUCCAGAUAUUAUUCCUCCACCCCCUGCAUCAGCUGCACUUCGGUGGCAAGCCAAUCCUCCUCCUCCAGAUACCGUCCCACCACCCCCUGCUCAAACUGCGGUUUGGUGUCAAUCCAAAUCCCCUUCAGACACAGUUGAUUCAACCCAUUCACCAGCUGAAUGGAUUCCUCCUCAUCCUCUGUUUGCCCCUCCUGUUCCUCCAGUAGGUCCUGGUUCUUCAAAUUCAGUUUUUGUGCAAAAUGAUACUGUCAUUCCUCCACCUCCUGCAUUUUCACAACUGUUUUUACGGACAGUGCAACCAGAUAUCCCGCCGCCACCACUACAAGUUCCCCCUCUGCCACCACAACAAGUUCCCCAGCCACCACCAGGUAUUCCUUCACCACAAGAAGUUCCCCUACCACCACCAACAGAUAUUCCUCCGCCACCACCACAAAAAGUUCCCCUACCACCACCAACAGAUAUACCUCCGCCGCCACCACCACAAGAAGUUACCCCACCCCCAGACAUUCCUCCGCCAUCAACACAAAAAGUUCCUCGACCACCACCACCACAAGAUCCCAUCCAAAAACAAGUCCUGCCUCCACCACCUCCAACACCACCUCCUGAAACAAAAAAAAUCCCACAAGAAUACAAACCUUCACCACAUGUUAUCCUCGUAACAUCAACUUCUUCUCACCAAACCAAUAUUCCUCCACCCCCUCCACUUCCCACUAACAUUAAAUUGGAGGCCAAAGUAGUCACCCCUGAAAAAGAAGAGAAACAGUCAAGCAGUCCCAGUCCGGCUAAAGAGGAGACUUCUGCUCCCAUGGUCACUCAAUCUCUCCUACAAAUGGUUCGUCUCAGGUCAGUCAGGUCCAAUCAGAAUCCGGCUGUAAAUCCAGAUAAAGCCUCACAUCCUACACAAAAAUCAGGUGUCAGUCAAGAUGCUCCUCCAAAGCCACUCAGACGGUCGUUGAUUAUGACAUCGCUUCCCCAGGAUCUGGAAGCUCUGUCUUGCACAGAGUCAAAACCUGAAGCUCUUUCCUCCAAUGGUCAUGUAAAUGCAACAAUUGCAUCAGACACUCAGCAAGUAUCAGUUGUACCAGAGAUCAGAGUUAAUUAUGAUGCAAGUACACAAAACACGACGCCUGAGCCAACAUGCUCAUUGGUCACAGAUGCAAUCUCUGCAACUGAACCCUCCGCUGAACCAGAUCUUAAAUGCAGUACCCUGGUGGAACAAAUCCAACCUAUGCGAUCUGAACCUGUGACCAUUCCAAACACAACGGAACCAACAGUUGAACCAAUCAUCAAUGAGCCCAAGACCCCACUUCAUGCAGAAGAACCCUACAAGACCCCCGAUUCUUCAGUCAAGCAAGCAGUCAUUAUUGAAAUACACUCAAAGCCAGAAAGUGGGCAGCCAAAAACCCAGACAUCCAGUUCUGAUUCACCCGUCAUCUCACCAUCAACACCCGUAGUCCAUCCACCAGCAAAUCCCUCCAUGAGUCUCCAUGAUGCCAUUCGUCGAAAGACUGCAGCUAGUGCUACAUCUAAAGACAACCAAACAAAGCGCUUCAGUCUGCUGUCCAGUCCACCAGUCACAAGUGCCCAUACUGCACCCGUCUCUCCUGCAUCCACCGCCAGCUUCAUCUUCUCAAAGAGUACCAAGAAGGUUGUAAUAGAGACGGCAACGUCCCCAGCGGUUCAGGCAGACCUGAGGAGGACUCUGGCGGCAGAGUUAGCUUCUGUUUCUGAUUCACCCAAGUCUAUUGACUCGCACAAGACAGCUAGCAAAGUUCCUCCACCUGUCGCUAUUAAACCCAAAUCUAAGGUAGAAAGUGCUGCCCAGAACUCUGCAGCGGCUGAGAGAGUGCAUGCCCAAACAGAGACUGUACAAACUGCCGGACAGGACGUACAGACAGAGAACUCUGAAAAUGCCAACAAAUGAAUGAACACGUGUUUGUUUAUUUGUGUUUAUUAACCCUUGAGUUUUUGUCUUGGUUGCAAUUGAAACUAGAAUUUAGUGCAACAGUUUAAAGCAUUUUCCAGAAAAGUUUAGCUUUUGUUAAAUAUAAGAUAACAAAGUCUUUAUGUACAGAUAUUGCAGGCAUAUUGCACUUUGUACACUGGAUUAGUGUAAUUGAUUUCCAUUCAGCAUGAGAAUGCAAGUCACUGGUAUUUGGUCGUCGAGAUUAUAAAUAUUCUUGUUUUAUUUAUAUACGUCCACUGUGCCACAGUCCUAGACAGAGUAUGUGCUAGCUUCUUAUUCCAUCAUUAAAGUCCAUUGGGUAGCACUGUAAAAAAGCAGUAUCAGAACAGAUCAAUUCUGCGAGAAAAGUUUGUUAAAAUACAGAGACCAAUCAAACUCUACUGUGGAAUUUUAGGAAAAAGUCCAGCACGGCUAGUCUGGCAUUAAAGUAUGCCAGAAUAUGGGAGUAGUUUAUAAAGAAAGGUACAGUACGUAGGUGAAAUGAUUGAAAGAAUAAAAGAAGGAAAGCUACAUUUUUUAUCCAAAAAGCAGAAAGGUGGGAGCAUGGACCACUGAUUGGGAGGGGUUAUGCUUUAAUCUAUUUUGCUUUUUAGAACAAUUGUAAAAUUGUAGUAAUCACCCUCUCCAGUCUGUCCUGCUGUCCAUGGUCAGGUAUACAGUCGAUAAGUGUAAAUGGAGCAAAAGCUCUGUUUGUGAGUGUGCAUGUAGGGCCAAGGAAGUGUUCAGAGAAAUCAUGAAAGAACUCUUGAACAUAAGCGAAAAGGUUUAUAUAAGUUUAUAAAAAAGUUUGUGUUAGUUUACAUUCUCAGUGUACAUUACAGACAACAGAUUUGUCAAAUACAAUAAAAAAUGAAUGUUUGCAUUUAAUAUAUAUUUUUCCCAAUGCACUAUGCUUUUUAGGAUUGUUUAUGUUCCUAUAAUUUCACCAAUCUUUUCUGUCUCUGAUUAUAAUCUCUGAUUACGGAGAAAUGUCUAGUUAAGAGAAAUUACAGAACAGGUUCUCUGCAAAGAUUGAAAAGUUUAUUCAUUGUGUUUUACAAUGUUUUGAAAGUAAAGACUGUUAAAAAGUA